GGAGGGAAAGGUGAGAGGGGCAUGCCUGGCCCAUCAGGACCCAAGGGAGAGAAGGGAGCACGGGGCAAUGAUUGCAUUCGAAUAUCCCAGGAUGCUCCGCUUCAGUGUGCAGAAGGCCUGAAGGGAGAGAAGGGGGAGUCAGGAGCCUUGGGACCCUCAGGACUCCCAGGCUCAGCAGGCCAGAAGGGCCAGAAAGGCGAGAGGGGCGAUGCAGGCACCAAGGGCUCGCUGGGGAAGCCAGGCCGAGAUGGCCGACCAGGAGAGAUCUGUGUCAUCGGGCCCAAAGGGCAGAAGGGAGACCCUGGCUUUGUGGGGCCUGAAGGGCUGGCAGGAGAGCCUGGGCCCCCCGGCCUCCCUGGGCCCCCUGGGAUAGGACUGCCCGGGACCCCGGGGGAUCCAGGUGGCCCGCCAGGCCCCAAGGGAGACAAG